AUGUGUCCACAAACGAAACCAAGCGGGAUAGGCUCCCGGAUCUGCGCCUGCGCGGGGCGACAAGGCGGGACUUCUGGUAUGCAGCGGAAAGGCCCUUUGCGGAGUGUGCCUGAGAGGGAAGCGGUGGAGGCCCGAGAGGUGGAGGCGUCGGGAGAGGAGCCCUGGGCCUCCUCCCUGCGCCUUUUCGCAAAUGGAGGCGAGGGUGAGGCCGCAGACCUGCUGCGCGACCUGGCGGCGGCGUUGGGCCGCUCUGCCGCGCCUCUGGAGCCGAGGGCCGACGCAACAGCCACUGACAGGGAGACGGAUGCCGGCCUCGCCUUCUCCAGCCUCGUCUCCAAACUGGGGGAGGCCCAAGGCUUGGAAGGGCCCGUGUUCGUCUUGGCGGCGGCCCACUCGGCCCAUCCGGGGACAGCGCGUCAGGCCCAGGCGCUGCUGGACAACCUCCUCCGGGUUCGGGGAUGUCAGUCCGUGCCUGAGUUCCUCCGAGGCGCCUGCGAGGGAGACGAAGGCUGCUUGGCCGAGGUGAUGCGCUUUCUGGAGCCGGAGCUGAGAAGAGAAACAUGGCAGCACAACCCAUCAGCAAAGUACAUCUUCUGCUCAGUGCUCCAGCAAGUCACAAGACCCUGGCUCAGCCAGCAUUUAGAGAAGGUUCUGCCCCCUGCAUUGCUCCUGUCAGAUGACUAUCGUGUGGAAAACAAAAUCCUGGGAGUAAAGUGCCUGCACCACAUCAUUAGGAAUGUGCCUGCAGCUGACCUCUGCCAAUUCAACAGGGUGCAAGUUGUAAAUCAUGCCCUUUCCCUCCACCUCUACAGCAAGGAGGCUCAUCUCAUGCAGAUUUUGUUGCCAUGUGUCUUGGAUUUGCUGCCAAUCCUGGAGAAGUCCUCACUACAGCAGUCCCACAACCCCCCACUUGUCACACCUUCUGAUGAAGUGUUUCAGCUUGUACUGACACACAUGGAAGCAGAGCCCCAGCUGUCCUUACGGAGGAUCUAUGCCAGGAACCUGCCUACCUUUGUAAAGAGAUUCGGCAUUCAGAUCACUCAGCACCUGAAAAGGCUACAACAAGUGAUUGUUGGCUACUUGGAGAUUGCUGAUGGACCCGAAGAAGUUGCUAGAUUGGCAAUAUUGGAUACUCUGAAGUGUACUAUACAACACACCUGGCCCAGAAUGACCUGCCAUCUCAGUGUGCUCUUGAAGGCUUUGCUGAAAAUGAUGUGGGAUGUAUCUACAGACAAUAGUUUUACACCUGAACCGGUGAAAGCAGAGUUGCUGCAGAGAGCCACAGAAUGCCUUCUCUUAUUGGAUCAUUCUACUCAUGGCCAAGUGAAGAUUCUUUUGCAAGGAGUCUACCAUCAUUGUCAAAAUGAUCACCUCAAGAAUUACCUGAAGAAAGUACAAAUGGAGCCUGUAGAAGUUUGGCCUCCUGGAAAGCUCAAUAAAGAUGUUUAGUAAGGAUUAGAUUAUUCAAGAUUGGAAGACUAACUCUCUUUUUGUAAAUUACAGCCUGCUUAUCCUGAUACAAGAACUCUUUAUAAUGGGAAAUAAUACAUUAUUUAAAAAAUUGAAAUGUAUAGUUUCUUCACUUAUUAAUAUAUCACUUUUAUAAUAAAAGCCUGAAAAGCA